UGUUCAUGCUAGAACUAAGGAGUAUUUCUACAGAUUGCAUCAUAUUGUGUAAUUUAUAUAUAGAAGCUGUGGCUGUGGGGGAAAUCAGUCCAAAGUAUUCCCCUCUUCCUUCUACAUGUGUAAACAGUUGGUAUUCCCAAGGUGUGGUGUAGUCGGAAAAUAUUUCUUACAUUUACCAAUAUUUGUUUGCAUCCUGUUUUCAGACGAGCUCGUCGGUACGCCUUCCCUGUCUGACAGCACCAAGUGUGUUGAGGACAUUACGGAACUGACUGACUGCAAUGGUGACUUAAAUGAGUUUCUUAGUGGUGAUCUUGCUGGGCAGAUGUUGGACAUGGAGAACUUCUUGGACUUCACCGACCUGUCCCAGUUUAUGGGGAUGGUUGGCGCAGGUGAAUCUACAGAGGGAGAGGAAGCGACUGAUGUAACAGCACCCAUGCUGUUCCCACUUGCUGACAACCCUCCCACCGUAGCCGCCAUCCCCCAGGCUUCCACUUCUGAUGAGCCUCCAGUGAAGAUGGCCCGCCUCUCGGCCUCCGAGAGUAGCCCAUCAUCCCCCGUUCCUUCCCCCGCUGAGCCACCAAUCGACAGGCGCCGCAAGAACAACAUCGCUGCCCAAGUCUCCCGCCGAAAGCGUAAGGAGCGCGAGGCAGGCAUGGAGCAGAAGGCGGUCGAGCUGGAAGCAGCGAACGCCAAGCUUCGCGAGAAGGUGGCACAGCUGGAGCAGGCGACCAAGGAGAUGAAGCAGCAGCUCAUCCAAUCACUGGCCUUCGGGAAGUGAAGCCCUGGCAGCUAUUUAACGGGUGACCCUGACUAUGGUGACAUAGAAAGUUGAACUUCAACUGGGGACUCUAGUGGUAAAACUUAAGCUGCAGUAUAAGUGUUACUGAUGACGAGACCCUGUUUAGUUUCAGCUAAGUCUUUGCCAUGGAUCAUUGGUCACUCUUUUAUGUUUCCAUGUUGAUCCUUGUAGAUCCAUGUUUUGUGUUAAAUUAAAGACAUACAAAAUGUUAGUGAUUCCAUGUAACCCAGUAGAUGUACAUGAAGACAGUGGCCAUUCUCAGUACAGGAGGCUGAAAAUGGACUUGGAAGAUUUCCCUCAAGGUUGCGAUGACAAGAUUGGUGUGUUUUUUAAGUAAGAGAAUGGGAAAUUUAUGUCCUUUCUUUAACACUCCUGUACUAGAAAUGGCCUAAGAUAGACAUAAGGCCCACUUAGUAAAAUUAUUUUAAAUGUUCGCAAUGCCACUACUUCUGUUUUACAUUGGUUCAAAAGAAUAGAAGGUGGCAAGUGGGCAUAUCUUGUGUAGUCCUGUAAAUUGUUGCUUGUGGAGGUAGAAACAGACCAACAAAUGUACCUCACUGAUAAAAAAUAGACCAAAAAUAUGACUAUAGACCAGUAUAGCAUAUUAGUAUUUUGCUAUGCCUAAGUACCUGACAUUUGUUAAAAAGGGUACUAGGCAAAAGACCAAAAACAAGGUAGUAUAGAUGAUCAUCCAUUGUUGGAUGUUAAAUAAGAACAAAAUUAAAAAAAAAAAAAAGAAGAAAAAAAUCGUUGUGAAAAAAGGAAAGAUGUAAAAUUAUGAAGGAAUGAGAUUUACUCAAGCCAUAUGCUUAAGACAAAUGUGUCAGGCUGAAUAUCUGAAAAUGGUUAAGAAAUGGUUUGAAUAUUUAAUGAAGAAGGGUAUCAAGCAAUACACUUCAGAAGUCAGGUGUAGACCACAUAUCUAACCUUUUCUUAAGUAUUCUUGGAAAGAUUAUCAAUCAGUGAAGGAAUAUUGUUGGAGAUUUUUUAUAUUGAAAUGACAUGAUGUGUGAUGUUUUGGGGGCUGUACCAGUUUGUAGACUUAGCAUGGGGUGGUCAAGAUGUGUUUUUCAGAACGAAAGGGAAUGCACUGUAGCAAGAUAUUGAGGGGUUAAGACAAUCUUCCUGACCACCCCUGUUAUGACCUUAAUGGCACAGCCCCUACUUGUAAGUGUACUUAACAGCAGGUUAUAUGAAAUGGCUGUAAGACUUAGUCUUUCAAAUCUUCUAUUCAGAUUGCUGGCUGGCACACAAAACUGGAAGUUGAUUUGUAAGACAGAGCUACAGAGUGUGCAAUGUAGUGAAAGCCUAUGUAUUGAUAAAGUAAAGAAGUGUAGUCAGAACACUUGUCUGUAUUUGAGAAGAAAAAAAGCACUGUAGAUGGCUUUUAAAUCAUGGCAGUAUCUUGAUGUUUUUACAUCAUUUAUCAUGUAGCACAUAUUCUGCUGUUACAGAUGGGAGUAAAUUUGUACAUGCUUUUGUAAGGAAGGAUCAGAUGUAAAUAAAAAGACACUGGUGAUCUAA